UCUCCUUCCGAGGGCCCAGAAUAUUUUGCACCACUUAACAAAUCGCAACAGCCAAACGCGUAGGUCCUCUUCCCUCUGGCCGAGACAUUUCAUAAUUCAUAAUUAAUUCAUAAUUCCCACGUUCUCUCUCCCACGCAGUUUCGAAUCCGCAAUGAAACUCAACCACGUUUGAAAACCAUGUCAAACAUCCCCACAACGCUCUCGGAGAUUUGCCUCACCCAGUUUCGGCUUGCCAUGUCCAUAGCAGACCCGUGGCCCUUCUCAAGAACCCACCCAGCAAGUCCCAAGUAGCACCCUCGGUCCUCCUUUUCACUUCCAUUCAUUCCAAUACACACCACACCAAACACAUCUCUCUCAAUUCAAAUUAAGGCACAUGUCCAAGAACCGCGGAUUCAACCUCAGGAGGCGCCUCAUCCGGGUCUCGAAAUGGAUCUUCAGGAAGAUACGGACGCGGGCUCCACGCGAGUACCAUUGCCUGGGUGACUCUCCUCCGUCACCCAUGGUGAAGCUCCUUACGUGGGGCCGCAAGCUGACAGCGGGUGCCAAGUCCCGCUUGAAAGUGGCGUCCGGAUCCGGUUAUGCCCAAUUAGGAACCGAUCCGGACCCGAGUGUGCCGAAGGGGCACCUGGCCGUGUACGUAGGGCAGAAGGACGGCGAGUUGCACCGUGUUCUGGUGCCGGUAAUAUACUUCAACCACCCUUUGUUUGGAGAAUUGCUGAAGCAGGCGGAGGAGGAGUUCGGGUUCCACCACGAAGGGGGAAUCACCAUCCCGUGCCGGUUCACCGAGUUUGAACGGGUGAAGACCCGAAUUGCAUCCGGAUCUCGCAGAGGCACCCGUCCGAAAAGAUUGGCCUGGCGCUGAGGACUGAGGUGAUGCUGAAUUGCUGCCCAUCCUGUAACUCAACAAAUAAUAUUGCUUUUUAGGAUUUUUUUUUUUCGUGUUGUUAAUUAUUUUUUUUAACCUCGUUUAAUCCGUGAGGUAAAUUUUAGCUUUCCUGUUUACCUAAUGAUAAUGGUGUGUAAAUUAAAUACAGAAAAAAAUUGUUUUUCAAUGACUAA